AUGUCUGAUAUUCCUGCUGAAGACAUUUGGCGUGGAGAUACGGCGGUUAGCAAUGCUGGAAAAAAAAGAGGUCGUGGGAAAGGAAGUGGAAAAAAAGUUGCGAAGGAUCUCAACAAAGGGCAAACUAUUGGAUUUGGAAAAAACUGUCGGAUAUGGCCUGGAUUAAAUUCACCUAUAAUGCGUGGAAAUGAUCUCAUUCAUCAGCAGAAACCUGUCGAAAACUUAGAUAGAGAAAACGGAAUAAUGAAAUUACGUGAUUCAAUGGGAAAUUUUAGGUUGACAAAGUUAAAUCCGAUAGAUCGAGGUUGGUCUGGAAGUAAAAUGCCUGGACGAAGUAUUGGACAGCCUGAUUCAGUUGGAGAGGAAGAGUUUAAAUCAUUUGAUACUCGAGUCUUAGAAAACAAAAUUGUGUUUAUUAUGAAAGGAAAUAUGGGAAGGAAACGUAGAUAUUCUGUCUUAUCGGUCACAGGAAAUGGUAAUGGCUUAGCCGGAUUUGCUACUGCUAAAGCUCCAGAAGCUCGAACGGCUCUUCGAAAGUCGAAAAAUCGGGCAGGACAAAAACUAAUCAAUGUAAGCCUUUGUGAAAAUAGGACUAUUUAUCAUGAUUUUCGUUCUGAUUUUGGAAAAACGAAAAUUUAUUGUUUUUAAAAGCCUGAUGGAUAUGGCUUAGUUUGCCAUCGGGCCAUACAAACAAUUUGUAAAGUUAUAGGUAUAAAAGAUUUGUAUGCCAAAAUUGAGGGUUCCACAAACCUAAGAAUUAUUGUAAAAGCAUUUUUUAUUGGUUUAAUGACACAAAGGCCUUAUCAAAAUAUUGCUAAUGAAACCAAUUUCAACAUUGUUCAACAGCAAAAUGCAAGAAAUAGAUUCACUGAAGUUAAAGGAAUGCCGUUCUUAAAUUCAAUUUAA